AAUUAUCGUAUAUUUAUCGUUUUGGAGGAUUAUCGAUCGUACAUCGUAGAGAGUGCCAAAUUAUUGUACAAAUACGAUAAUUAUCGUACAACUGUUUGUACACGUCGGUGCGCUACAACUUAUGAAGGUCAGAGGAGUAACAACAACACCUCGUUUCGCCUCACCAGGUCCACUCGAAGCCGAGUUCAUCAGCUGCUAAACAAAUAUAAGGAACAACAGUUGGGGAACAAACACUUUGAGGACAGACGACUGUUGAAGGAUCUGCCGUCGCUGUCUACAGACUACGAAGACUGGAUCAUGAUGACUGACUGGGAGCGGCUGCAGGCUGCACUGGGGAACUUGAAGAUUUACUGGGAGAUGCUGGAGAGGAAGAGGAAACAGCUGGAGAAGGAGCAGAUGUCAAGACACAGCAGUUUAUCCCAGAGCAUCAGACACAUCCAGCUGGACCUGAGGGACCUGAUGAACCGAGUCAGCAAUCAGAUGACACAGAUGAGGAGCUCAUGGAAAAAGCCGACUUUUCCUUCAGCACAAAUUUCCCUGGACACAGAAAACAGCUCCAUGACUGCCUGGGACCGACGUGUGGAGGGUUACAUCAUCCUCAGGGACCUGGACCUUUACCUCACCAAGCUGGCAAGAGACUUCCUGCUGCUGGCAUCAAACCACAAGGAUGACUCAGUGCUGUGAAGCUGCACUAAAGCUGCAGCCUUCUAGUUACAACCAUCGCCUCUCAAAAAUGACUGUGCUGUUAUUUGUAUUAAUUUUCUGUGACUUUAUAUUUGGGGACCACUUUUUUUUGAGGGGGUGAGGGAGUUUUUUUUUUCCCCACAGUUUCUCUAUUUUUUUAUCUGACUGUGAAUUAAGCUGGCGUCCAUCAGUUGUACUCCAUUUCCUGGAAUUUCCAGAGACAUAUUUACUAUUUAUUGAUAUAUUUAUAAAGACUAUUUAUUGCAAUUUUUAAAAACUUUUUUUUUAAUUAUUUCUCAAACUGUGUGAAAAUACAGUGUUUUACAUGUUUACUUGAGAUAAAUAUAUUUUUGUUUCCAUGUGCCCGUAAAUAAAGACAAGCAUUUGAAACUGUGACGACUUCAUGUUAUAAUGAUUGACGUGUAAGAAAAAAAAA